AUGGGGACAACCGAGAUGGUGUUACAAAAGGUGCAUGGUGCACUGCGAUUGAAGAAUCACCUCGUGAGGGAGUGCUUCGCCGAGUUUCUGGGAGUCUGCAUGCUUAUCCUCUUCGGAUGUGGUGCCGUGGCACAAAUGGUGGUGAGUAAGACAACCCGCGGUGAAUUCCUGUCCGUCAACCUGGGCUUCGGACUCGGAGCCACGUUUGGCAUCUACAUUUCGGGCGGCAUCUCUGGUGGCCAUCUGAACCCAGCUGUAUCCUUCAGCUUGUGUUUACUCGGACGGUUCCCAUGGAAGAAGCUCCCAUUUUACAUGUUCUUCCAAACUCUGGGAGGAUUUGUUGGUGCUGCCAUCGUCUACGGAGUUCAUCACGAUGGGAUACACUCUGUUGACAAUGGGACCUUAUCUGUCACCGGACCACGAGCCACUGCAUUUAUCUUUGGCACCUACCCCGCACCGUUCCUCAGCCUUUCGAACGGCUUCAUUGACCAGCUGAUUGGCACUGGCACCUUGCUCCUGUGCAUCUUCGCCGUGGUGGACACCCAGAACUAUGGGGCCCCCAAGAUCUUGCAGCCCAUCUUCAUCGGCCUGUCGAUCGUGGGCAUCGGGAUGUCGAUGGGAUCCAACUCCGGCUAUGCCAUCAACCCCGCCCGGGAUUUCGGGCCCCGCCUGUUGACCCUCGCUGCCGGCUGGGGGACCGAGGUUUUCACGACUGGCGGAGGCUGGUGGUGGGUUCCCAUCGUGGCGCCGAUGGUGGGAGCGGUCCUGGGCGCCCUGGUCUACGAGCUGCUGGUCGAGCUCCACCACCUCCACACGGAGUUUGAGGAUGAGGAGGAUGACCGGGUGGAACAGAAACUGAAGGAGAUGGGCAGCUCACCCACCAGCUGCCACGAAGGCCCAGCUUGCCGGCGCGACAAACCCGGAACCGAGGACCAGUUCGUCAUGUCGAUGGCAGCAGCUGACCGGGCCCCGUCUGGCCUACAUGUGACUCCAGGCCCACUAACCAGUCGCGGCUGGGCCUUGAACGCCAUCCGGGGUGGGCCGAGCGAGACGCUCGGUUGUUUCGAAGCCCCUAUGAAGAACGAGGUCAAUGUUGAACAGGGUGAGCGACCCAUGACCCCUGUCAGGCGCAUGGUCAACCAAGCGACCAGCCGCAUGAAGAGACUUCGGAAGAAACUCCGGAUUAAGAACAAGCUCAUUCGGGAAUGCCUGGCAGAAUUCUUCGGCGUUUACCUGCUGAUUUUGAUGGGCUCGGCGUCAGUGGCACAGGUUGUAUUGUUUUUCGACCGGAAGGGCGAGUACCUGUCAAUUGCCUUUGGAUACGCUUGCGGGGUCCUGUUCGGCAUCUAUGCAUCAAGAGGAAUCUCAGGUGCUCAUUUGAACCCCGCCGUCACCUUCAGUCUGUGCCUGCUGGGCCGGUGCCCAUGGAAGAAGCUGCCUUUUUACACCAUCGCUGAGUGCCUGGGCUCCUUCACUGCCGCAGCGACCACCUUCUGCCUUUAUUACGGCCCUGCAGCCGCAAGGUGUGACAACGGGCCUGCUGCCGUUUGCUGUUUGCCUCGGACAUGCUCCUAUGCCAUAUUCGAAUUUUCUUACGGGAAUCUCACGGUCUGUGGCCCGAGGGCAACAGCGGGAAUCUUCGCCACCUACCCCGUCGAGUACCUCAGCCUCCGCAACGGGUUCCUCACCGAGGUCCUGAGGCCAACUGUGGUACAACUUCCCUCCCCACCCCCACCUCAACAGCCCCACCAGCCCGGCACAAUGGCAGCUGCCACACUUGCCGAUGCCAUUGAAGCGCCUGGGGCACUUACCCCACCCCUGGCCCCCAGGUGA